GACACUUUAUGUUGGUGUUUCCUUUAUUUUGUCAGUUACCUGUACAUACACACACAAUCCUUGAUAUCCUUAACUUAGUCACGACUACAGGGCACACACUCACUCACUCUCACUCUCCCUCCGAACACAUUGGUGCAAAUGAAAGUGAGUGAGUGGGUUUCAUAUCUAAUCCCAUCUCAAGCACUGUCCCACUCCCUUGUAACCCACGCCCUCCCCCUAUUGUUAACCCCCUGCUGGUCCACUCCCAUCCCUUCCCCCACCACUCUCCUAUGCAAAUGCAGACCAAGCCUACAGAGAGGUGACGUGUCACCGCCUGCCCAGUAUAAAUACACCUAUCCCCUCCCUGUCAUACAGACCCAUACCACAAACACACACUCAGACACGCUCUCCUGUGUGGAUUUCCUCUCCUCCUCCUGGGAUGAUGCCUGUUCCUGCACCUCCUCCUCGCACCUCCUCUAAGAGGACCUCUCCUUGGGCUCCUGCUCUCCUCCUCCUGCUCCUCCUGCUUCCAGCUGGGCCUGGCUGGAGUGCCAGGCUGGAGGCAGGGCCUGGAGCUGAGAGUGGACCAGAGGCUGGUACAGGUACCAGGACCAGGUCUAGAGUUAGAACUGGGUUGGAGACCAGAGCUGGAGCCGGGCCAGGGACUGCGGAUGGGGCCGUGGCUGAAGUCGGGUCUGAAGAGAUAGCCGGUGCUACCAUCCUGUCCGCCAGCAGUGAAGGGCAGUGGGAGCCCCGGAGCUCCUCCCGCUGUGUUCCCAUCCCGGCGGGCAUGGCCCUGUGCCAGGACAUCGGCUACGCCACCAUGAGGAUGCCCAACCUGCUGGAGCACGAGUCGCCGGGCGAGGCCGUCCAGCAGAGUGCCAGCUGGCUGCCCCUGCUCGCCCGGGAGUGCCACCCCGACGCCCGCAUCUUCCUCUGCUCACUGUUCGCACCCAUCUGUCUGGACAGGUUCGUCUCUCCAUGUCGGAGUCUGUGUGAGUCAGUGCGGGACAGCUGCGCGCCCAUCAUGGGUUGCUAUGGUUACCCCUGGCCAGACAUCCUUCGCUGUGACCAGUUUCCUGCCGACCACCUCAUGUGUAUCUCCUCUGUCACCAACACCAGCACCAGCACAGGGGGGCGCAGAGCAGUGCCCCAGGCCAGCUGUCGAGACUGUGAGCUGGAGGAGGCCUCGUCUGCCAAGGACGUGCUGGAAACAUUCUGUAGGAGUGACUUUGUGGUGAAACUGCGUCUCACGCGGCUAAAAUCCAGUCAGGUGAGUCUGGCCCAGUUCUCCCUGGCCUCUCGUCUGCAGGUCCUGAAGCACGGGCCUCUCCUGGGAGGACAGAUCCGCUCCCGCCUGCAGCUGUGGCUGGAGAGAGACGCCAGCUGCGUACGGAACAUGACGCGGCGCCAGCCCAGAGGAGGGACCUUCCUGGUGACGGGCACGGUGCAGGGGGAAUGGCUGGUGGUCAACAAGGCCUUCGCCUGGAACAAACGCGCCAGGAACCUGAUGGCUGCAGCCCGCAAGUGGAAACAGCACCGAUGUAGAGGCUAGCAGGGGCUAGGGCUAGAAGAAGUGGAGCUGAACUUGAGGUCUGAAAUGGGCCUGAGCAGAGCUAUAGGCCUAGGUGUACAGAGUCAGGGAUGUGAUUAGAACACCAUACAACAUCAGUAGAGCGAGAGGAGGUUGUUUGGGGGCGGGUACAUUUCUAUGAUAGACUUCCUGGAUUUUAAUCACAUCCUUGGAUAGCUGGAUGUUUCAGAGAGCACCAUCCUGAGCUCAGGAGAGGACGCUGCAAAGGAGAAGACCUUCUGUGUUUCCUGCAAAUGUACAUAUCUAUAAAUUAUAAGUAAA